GUAGCGUUUACCGUGAGGCCGUCACGGGUUUGCUAUAAUUAUUCAGAGCGGGCUUUUUGUUGUUAAGUUUCCCUUUUUGACUGUACUUUUUAUGCUUCCGUCCAUUUCCCCACCUCAUGAAGACUGCUUGCACAAUGUGCAGAGCUGCGGCGUUGAGUCUCCCAUUCUUCCGUAACACAAGCAAGAGAUAGCCUUGGGGUUGCUGCUUUGGUUGUACUCCCAAGACGGAAUUGUGUGGCCAGGAUGAACCGCAGAAUCUUACGAACGAUUUCAAAUCUCGGAGCGCUUGUCGUGGUAGUCUUACUUUUCAUUCUCAUCCUCGAUAGCCAUGUCUCCGUUAUACCUUCCCGCUUACAACAGUAUUUACCUAUCCAUCACCAAGGCCUCGUUAUCACGGAUAUCACGAUAGCUACCUGCUCCACGCUUAAUCUAUUUUCAACCUGCAGAUUGGACCCGAAUAUUUGGUAUCGCGUGGAAAAGGAUCUUUACUUGAAUACCGGAUGGACGUCGAAAGCGUAUCUACAUGUCCAGAGGAAGAAGGAGGAGGAGCUGCUGCCGGGUGAUAAGAUCGUUGUGGAUUUGAAAAUGGGUCGACUUGAUCCCGGGGCUGGAGUUGAUAACAAAUGGGAACCCAGGCCGGGGGGAAUCUGGCUUCUGAAAUCGUCGCACCACACCAGCAAUUCGAAGCUGAUUACGGCAGUCGAUGUGCUCUUUGGCGCUGACGCCGUGGACCCACGCCCGAACUGGGAAAUAAAGGAUACCCCCCUGCUCUUGGAUACGCAUACCGAGCCGCGUUUAACUGUCAGAAGAGGGGCAAGUGCAAACAUCGAGAUGCCCGUCCCGAGGAUACGGAAAGAUGGUAAAUUUAAAAUCAUGCAAGUCUCGGAUUUACACCUGGCCACAGGGUUUGGCGUUUGUCGGGACCCUGUCCCCGAGCUUCGUGAUGGAGAGAAAUGCGAAGCUGAUCCCCGAACCCUUGAAUUUGUGGGUAAGCUGCUUGAUGAGGAGAAGCCAGACUUGGUGGUGUUGAGUGGCGAUCAGAUCAAUGGUGACACUGCUCCCGACGCUCAGACUGCAACCUACAAGUUUGCCGACCUCUUCAUAAAACGCAAGAUUCCCUAUGCAGCCAUCUUUGGGAAUCAUGAUGAUGAAGGGAACCUUGAUAGAACCGCUCUUAUGACCCUCAUGCAGAAUCUUCCUUAUUCUCUCUCCAAACCCGGUCCUGUCGAUGUGGACGGCGUUGGCAACUAUGUCGUCGAGAUUCUCGGCCACAGUUCAUCCCAUUCUGCGCUGAGUCUUUACAUGCUUGACACCCAUAAAUAUUCCCCUGAUGAACGGCAAUAUCCCGGUUACGAUUGGUUAAAGCCAAGUCAGAUAAGCUGGUUCAAGAAUACUGCGCAAAGUCUCAAAAAGGACCACCAGGCAUACACCCACAUUCAUAUGAAUUUGGCAUUUAUUCAUAUUCCGCUUCCUGAGUACAGAAACGUCAAAGGCUCUUAUCAUGGAAAUUGGCUUGAGGCUCCGACGGCGCCGAGGUUUAAUUCUGGCUUCAAAGACGCCUUGAUAGAGGAGAAUGUUGUUCUUAUAUCAUGUGGACAUGACCAUGCAAACGACUAUUGCAUGCUUGAAAAGAAUGCAAAGGACCUGCCAGCGUUGUGGAUGUGCUACGCCGGCGGUUCUGGUUUCGGUGGAUAUGGCGGAUACGGCGGAUAUAUCCGUCGAGUUCGACUUUUUGACAUUGACAUGAAUAGAGCUCGAAUUGUAUCUUAUAAACGCCUCGAAUCUGGAAAUACUGAGGAACGAGUGGAUGAGAUGAUGCUUGUCGAUGGUGGGAAAGUGGUCCCUCCUCAAGCUAUUUGAAUACAACUUCUACUGUGUAAUGUAUGUACGGCUAGAGGCGAGGCGUUGGUUUAUUGGUGUAAGUAGCCGUCUCGGAUAAUGUCCGCUGUCUUAUACCCUCGUUGGUUGUAUGGCUCCUAAUUCAUUAUUGGUCAGUUUUGCCAGUGUACGGAGUAUGUAUACGGAGUUUGAUUCGC